GGUUCCCGGGCUGCGGCAGCCAUGCUGAACCCGUACGGAGAGGCGAGUGGGGGGGACAGGGUCGACGACAGCGAGCUAGGAAGCCGGGGAUAUGGAGAAGCGGCGGUAUUAGAGUACUCUAGGUCUGUGAAGAAAGGUCUGGGCCUUGAGGCUCCUUUGGCCCCUUGGCGCGACCCUCAGGAACCUUCGGAAAACUGGCCCCCGUGGCGGGGGUGAGGGGGGGGACGGCUGGCACGUGACCUGGGUCAGCCAAUCUGGGUGCAGCUGACGUGGCCGCGCGGUCCCGAUGCUCUCCCCACCCCCCAGCUCGGUCAGGAAGGGAGGGGCUGGGGGCAACGCCCCCUCCCCCAACACAACCUCGGUUUCUGGGGGGGUGACACCCCGGAUUACAUCCUCCCCCCGCACCAAGCCGAAGGGAACACUGGAGCCCCCCUGGAAGGUUCCAGGAUCGAGAUUCUUCACUGCGGCGGCCUCCUCACUGCCGAGAACAACAACUCGCAGGCGUCCUGUGGCCACACCCCGGCGGGCCAGGCUGGCUACGCCCACGCGGCCUCCUCCAGUCCUGCUGGUCUGGCCAAUGGAGGAGAUACGAAUGGCACGACCUGCCCGAGCUUGGCAGUCGCCAGUCGCACUGGGAUCGGACGCCUGGGGAGACUUUGUUGGAAGGGGAGGCGAGGAGAGGGUGCUGCACCCCUGCCGACCUCCCUCUUUCCCGGGACUUGUCGAACCACAGCGCAGCCAAUUGGUUCAAAGAUGUGGCAGGUUGCUGCUUCCCUGUGGGUCUAUGCGGCACUCUUCUGCCUGGUGACUGACGCUUUGGAAAUGAGGCUUGUGACGUCAUCGCUUCAGCGGACCAAUAGGAGACGCUCCCGCGGAGAGCUGUUCCUCCCCCUUCGACUUUGCUUCCUCACGCGCGUGAGCGAGCGUGCGCGCGCGGAGGGGGUGGGGGAAAUCUCGAGCACGGUGGCGCGCAUGAGCGGCGAAGCUCCUCCCCCUUGCCUAUAUAUAAAGGGCUGGCGCGGGGCUCGGCGGCGCCAUUUCGCGCUGGAGUGGAGCAGCCUCUAGAACGAGCUGGAGGAUUCUGCAUACUUACACAGAGCCUUGAAGUCGUCCGGGGCCGCCAUUACAAUCCACGUCCAUCCGCUUGGAAAUGGCCUUCGUCUCGGCCUAUGACCGGUCCCGGCGGACAGUACAGACCCUAUAGAAGCCCCCGAAGCUCCCCUUUUUCGGGCCCCGCCCAAUCCUCGGAGUCUGUCCACCCCCUCUACUCCGCCCUCAAGAGGAUUUCAAAGAUGGAGGCGGCGGCUCCCUAAACCACUUUUCGUGUUCAUCCGCCUCCAUCCGAGAUCGAAAAGGGACCUCGUCUGCCCCGGUCGGUCCCAGCAGGAAGAGGGGAUCCUUGCAGACCAACAGCGGGCGGUAUUGACGACGGUGUCUGGGAUCGGGGGCCGUCCUGGGGUUUGAAGAGUCCGUCCCCCUUCGCUCGCCCGCUUCUACUAAGGCCGCCGCCAUUUUCUCGCUGUCCGCCUCCUGCGGAGCGCGCCAAGCUGCCGGGAGUUCUCCGAGAAACAGCGGAGAAGACUGCUUUCUCGCCGGCCCGGCCGGGUGGGGGUUGUCGCCUGGAGGGCCAAGGGCAACGGCCCCCGCCCCCCCCCCGCUUCCCGGGUUAUGCUGGACUGGGAGGUAAGGGGAACCGAGGCCACCCGGACUUUACGCGGCUGAGGGCAGCGCCGGUUCCCCGCGGUCAAGAUGCUGCAAAACGUGACUCCCCACAGCAAGCUCCCUGGGGAGGGGAAUGCAGGGUUACUGGGGCUGGGCCCAGAGGCAGCAGCGCCUGGGAAAAGGAUUCGAAAGCCCUCUCUGUUGUAUGAGGGAUUUGAGAGCCCUACAAUGGCCUCAGUGCCGGCUUUGCAACUAACCCCUGCCAACCCACCACCUCCAGAGGUGUCGAAUCCCAAAAAGCCAGGACGGGUUACCAACCAGCUACAGUACCUACACAAGGUGGUGAUGAAGGCUUUGUGGAAGCAUCAGUUCGCGUGGCCCUUCCGGCAGCCUGUGGAUGCUGUCAAACUGGGUCUGCCGGAUUAUCACAAAAUUAUAAAGCAGCCAAUGGAUAUGGGUACUAUUAAGAGAAGACUUGAAAACAACUAUUAUUGGGCUGCAUCAGAGUGUAUGCAAGAUUUCAAUACCAUGUUCACUAACUGUUACAUCUACAACAAGCCCACUGAUGAUAUUGUCCUGAUGGCACAAACGCUGGAAAAGAUCUUCCUACAGAAAGUGGCAUCAAUGCCACAAGAGGAACAAGAACUCGUGGUGACUAUCCCUAAGAACAGCCACAAGAAGGGGGCCAAAUUGGCAGCACUCCAGGGCAGUAUCACCAGUGCCCAUCAGGUGCCUGCAGUCUCUUCUGUGUCUCACACAACCUUGUAUACUCCACCACCCGAGAUACCUACCACUGUCCUCAACAUUCCCCACCCAUCGGUCAUCUCUUCGCCCCUUCUCAAGUCCUUGCACUCCGCUGGACCCCCGCUCCUUGCUGUCUCUGCAGCUCCCCCAGCCCAGCCCCUUGCCAAGAAAAAAGGGGUAAAACGAAAAGCAGAUACUACCACCCCUACGCCUACAGCCAUUCUGGCUCCUGGCUCCCCAGCUAGCCCUCCCGGGGGUCUUGAGCCUAAGGCAGCACGGCUUCCCCCUAUGCGUAGAGAGAGUGGCCGUCCCAUCAAGCCCCCACGCAAAGACUUGCCUGACUCUCAGCAGCAACACCAGAGCUCCAAGAAAGGAAAGCUGUCAGAACAAUUGAAACAUUGCAAUGGCAUCUUGAAGGAGUUGCUUUCGAAGAAGCAUGCUGCUUAUGCCUGGCCUUUCUAUAAACCAGUGGACGCUUCUGCUCUUGGCCUGCAUGACUACCAUGACAUCAUUAAGCACCCCAUGGACCUCAGCACUGUCAAGCGGAAGAUGGAGAAUCGUGAUUACCGAGACGCACAGGAGUUUGCUGCUGAUGUGCGGCUUAUGUUCUCCAACUGUUAUAAGUACAAUCCUCCAGACCACGAUGUUGUGGCCAUGGCGCGAAAGUUACAGGAUGUAUUUGAGUUCCGUUAUGCCAAGAUGCCAGAUGAACCGCUAGAACCGGGUCCUUUACCAGUCUCGACUGCCUUGCCUCCUGGCUUGGCCAAGUCGUCUUCAGAGUCCUCUAGUGAGGAAAGUAGCAGUGAGAGCUCUUCUGAGGAGGAGGAGGAGGAAGAUGAGGAGGAGGAAGAGGAGGAAGAAGAGAGUGAAAGCUCUGACUCUGAGGAAGAAAGAGCUCAUCGCUUGGCUGAACUGCAAGAACAGCUUCGAGCAGUACAUGAACAACUGGCUGCCCUGUCCCAAGGCCCAAUAUCAAAGCCCAAGCGGAAGAGGGAAAAAAAAGAGAAAAAGAAGAAACGGAAGGCAGAGAAGCAUCGGGGCCGAGCUGGGGCUGAUGAAGAUGACAAAGGGCCUCGGGCACCCCGCCCAUCUCAACCCAAGAAGUCCAAGAAAGCAAGUGGCAGUGGGGGUGGCAGUGCUGCUACAUUGGGUCCUCCUGGCUUUGGACCUUCUGGAGGAAGUGGCACCAAACUCCCCAAAAAGGCCACAAAGACAGCCCCACCUACCCUGCCUGCAGGUUAUGAUUCAGAGGAGGAGGAAGAAAGCAGGCCCAUGAGUUAUGAUGAAAAGCGGCAGCUGAGCCUGGACAUCAACAAGUUGCCUGGGGAGAAGCUAGGCCGAGUUGUACACAUAAUCCAAGCCAGGGAGCCCUCUUUACGUGACUCAAAUCCAGAAGAAAUUGAGAUUGAUUUUGAAACGCUCAAGCCAUCCACGCUUAGAGAGCUUGAACGCUAUGUCCUUUCCUGCCUACGAAAGAAACCUCGGAAGCCCUAUACUAUUAAGAAACCUGUGGGAAAGACAAAGGAGGAACUGGCUUUGGAGAAGAAGCGGGAACUAGAAAAGCGCUUACAGGAUGUUAGUGGGCAGCUCAACUCCACCAAAAAGCCCCCCAAGAAAGCGAGUGAGAAAACAGAGACAUCAUCGGCACAGCAGGUAGCAGUGUCACGCCUCAGCGCUUCCAGUUCCAGCUCAGAUUCCAGCUCCUCCUCUUCAUCUUCCUCUUCUUCAGACACCAGUGAUUCAGACUCAGGCUAAGGGGCCAGGCCAGAUGGGGCAGGAGGCUCCGCAGGACCGGACCCCUAGACCACCCUGCCCCACCCCUUCCCUCCCUUUGCUGUGACACUUCCUCAUCUCACCCCCCCUCCCCCCACUGUAGGAGAGCUGGCUCUGCAGGGGGAGGGAUGCAGGGACAAUUUCUGAAGGAGGGACAUAAAUGGACAAAAUAAGACUGAGUUCCCAGCCCCAUUGAAAGUGACCUCUUGGGCAUAGGGCUCCCAUUCGAAAUGACUGAGGUGGGGCAGGGGUACAGGGUGGGACUGGGCAAAGGCCCUGAUAAGGGGUUACCUGAGGCCGUAGCUGCCCUGCUCACUUGUAAGGGCCCUGUUUUGAGGUUGUUUUGUUCUAAUUUAUUUUAAGCUAGGUAAGGCUGAGGGGGUGGGGCCAUGGUCCCCUCGGCUUCCAUGGGGAGGGAGGAAGGGGGAACUCUUUUUUUACGUUGACUUUUUUUUUUUCUACUCUUUUUCCCUUUUCCUUCUGCUCCAAUUUGGGGCUCCUGGGGGUUUAGUCAUCUCCCCAUUCAGUCCCCCUGGAUUGUCUUUUCUUUGUCUGUUGAUUCUAACUUGUAAAUAAAGAAAAUAUUAUUCAA